AUGGGAGACUAUACACCAGAUGUGCAUUCCUCACAGGAGGGAGUGCUUCCGAAACAGUCGAAGCAAACCAGUGAUUCUCGUAGCCAAAGUUCUGUCCUUUAUCAUCAACUUCGUCAACCCCCACUGAACAUAGUUGGAGGCAGAGGAAGCUAUUUGAUCACUGAUUCUGGUCAAGAGAUUCUCGACGCCACUUGUGGUGCCGCAGUUUCUUGCCUUGGAAAUAGUGACAAAAGGGUGCAUGAAGCUAUCAUGGAGCAGUUGAGGAAAGUGCCAUACUGCUACUCGCUUUACUUCACUAAUAGUGCUGCCGAGGAGCUUUCCCAGAUUCUGGUAGACUCAACAGGAGGGAAGAUGUCCCGUGCUUUUAUCGUGAGCUCAGGAACUGAAGCAGUUGAAGCUUCUCUCAAGAUGGCCGUGCAAUAUUACAUGGAAAUGCCCGUGCCACAACCCCAGCGUGUAAACUUCAUUGCUCGCAAGCAGUCAUAUCACGGAAACACACUUGGAUCUCUCUCAGUAGGCCACCAUGUCGGUCGCCGGGCUCUGUACGAGAAGAUCUUGGCAAAGAAUGUCCACCAUGUGUCACAGUGUUAUCCCUACCGGGACAUGCAAGAUGGCGAAACUGUCGAAGCCUAUGUUGCAAGACUCGCUCAAGAAUUAGAGGACAAAUUCCAGGAGCUGGGUCCAGACACCGUCUGUGCAUUUGUAGCAGAGACAAUGACCGGUACUACACUGGGAUGUGUACCUCCUCUUCCAGGGUACUUGAAAGCUAUGAAAGAAGUAUGUGAGCGACAUGGUGCCUUGUUAAUCUUGGAUGAAGUGAUGAGUGGCAUGGGUCGAUCUGGCACUCUACACGCAUGGGAGCAGGAAGGUGUCGUUCCUGAUUUGCAGACCAUGGCUAAGGGACUUGGAGCUGGUUAUGCUCCAAUUGCUGCUCUUCUAGUGAAUCGGCAUGUCGUGGACACCUUGACGCAAGGCACGGGGGCUUUCUCCCAUAGCCAGACCUACCAAGGCCACCCCGUCGCGUGUGCUGCGGCUUGCCGGGUACAAAAGAUUAUCCAAGAGGAUAACUUACUCCCUAAUGUUUGCGAAAUGGGCAAGUAUCUCGGUCAGCUCCUUCAUCAGAAAUUUGGAGACCACCCUCACGUGGGAGAUAUCCGUGGGAGAGGGCUAUUCUGGGCGAUCGAAUUUGUUCAGGAUAAGAAAACAAAGGAACCCUAUCCACCAUCAAAGUCUGUGGCUUGGACUAUCCAUAAAACUGCCCUGAAACCGGAAUACUCCAUCUCUUUGAUGCCAGGAAACGGGGGUAUAGAUGGAAUCAACGGCGAUCAUAUCUGCUUUGCACCACCAUACAACUGCACCAAAGAAGAGAUAGAGAUGAUUGUUAAUCGGGCUUCGCGAGUCGUUGAAGAAGUCCUUGGGAACUAG